GUGAGCUCACAGUUAAAGCAGCUCUUCUGAGGGCUGCGUAUGAAUGCGAUUUUCUUUUCAUUAAACAACUUUAUAUUUUGUGAUAAGAGGAAUUUAAGGUCAGACCACCCGGUGAUGUAUUUGUUUCGUUGCUUUGUGGUUGGAUCGCUCUACUCAAGUGGUGUUUUUUCUAUAUAUGCUGAACCUGAGAAGGUCGAAGCCUUUGCUGGAGGACAUGCCAUCCUGCCCUGCAGUUUGAAAACCUCUAGGAUUGGCCCUGCUUCUACGGUAGAGUGGUCUAAAGUAGGCCUUAAAUCUAAAAUCGUGUUCUUGUAUCGCGAUGGCUGCGAGACCUUUGGGAUGAAGGAUGUGGACUUUGAGUUCAGGACGAGCCUCUUCAUGAGAGAAGUGAAAAAUGGGAAUGUCUCACUGAGGAUCUCCAACUUAAAACUGUCUGAUGCAGGGAUCUACAACUGUUCCAUUUUCGAAAGAAAUAAACUUAAAGAGACUGCAAACGUCAAGCUGCUUGUUGCUGCAGUGUCUGAGCCAAAGCUUGAAGUGGUUUUUAUAGAGAAUGAGAGAGUAACCGUCACAUGUCAAGCUAGCUGCUGGAUGUCAGCGCCAAAGAUCAACAUCCUGGACAAUGAGGGAAAUGACAUCAUCACUGAUGAGGAGCCAAACCAAGAGCAAAAUGUGAGAGGAUGUUACGCCAAGCAAACAUUCCCCAUGCAGGAUUCUGCAAAAAGGGUUGUUUGCAGAGUCAAGCAGCCACAUGUGGAUCAGAACAGAGCUGUGGAGAUCCAGCUUUCAGCUUCCUAUGAGAGAUCCAACUCUAUAGUCAUUUGCUUGGCUGUCAGCUUGCCUACUGUUGUCUUGCUUUCACUUGGAAUAUUUUUCAUCUGGAGAAAAUGUAGACAAAAUGGAUGGGGAACAAGUCAAAACCAAAGAAAAUCAUCAGUUGAUUUAGAAACUGUUGCCUGCGAAGACUCUGCUCUUCUGAAAAAAAAGUCUGAAAACACAGGAAGAAGGAAAAAUAGGAGUCGGAAGAAAGAAGACACUAAUUUCAGUUCAGAGAGCACUAGGGGAGAUGGGAACAUCUGCAGAUCCCAGGAGGGAACCCUUCAUGUGGGUGAUGGCCAUGAGAAUUUUACAGGAUGUCCCAACCAAUCUUCCGACAUCAACACUGAGGGCAAACACAGUCUAGAUGGACCAAACCUUAAAGCAAGACGGGCAGACAUGUCUGCUCUUAAAAAUUAUAUCAAUUGGAGUCCUCGCCGAGGGGCUAAAAAAUCACAAGAACAGAGAAGUACUUUAGAGCGACAGACUUUGACUACCUCAGAAAAGGCCCAUCCUGUCACUGAUCCCCUGAUUAAUCUUGGUCGAAGUGAUGGCAUUGUUCAUCGCAGAAUUGCUUCAUGCCCUGUACCUUUUCCCUCUUCUAGUAACCGUUAUGCUGCCCUGGCUGAUUUACCUCAGCAGUAGACAGCUUUCACUGACAGCAAAGUCAGACAACCUUUACCACAAUAAAACAGUAUGUUGAUGCAUUUAAAUACUGAGCAUUUGUGAUUGUGAGUGUUUAAUUGUGGUUGUGGUUUAAGUGAGAAAAAAAAAGUUACCUGAUUAUAAUCUCCUACAUCUACCCAGCCAUAUUAUCUUGCGGCUGCGCAGUAAGCUGAAGGACUGAGUUAAUCUUUUUUUGUCACUACACAAUAAAAGCUCCUUAAAAAUGAAAAAGAUUAAAACAAACUGCUGUUUCUAGUAGAAAUAUUAAAAGAAAUACUAAAAUUAUACUAUCCAUGGUAGGAAAGCUGCGUCAUGUUGUGCCGAUUUCAGAAUCAUUCUUGUCAAAAUAUGGACCAUAGUCGUCUGAAAAUGAACUAUUUAUUUAUUUUUAUUUUUAUUUACGUGUUUAUUUGAACAGGGACAGUGCACAUUAAUAAACAUUUCUGUAAAUGAGCCAGUGUUAGCUAAGCAGCUAAUUUUCAACUGUAGUCCCUGGGCAAGGUUUAAAAUGCCAACAUAAUAAAACAACAACAUUAAAACUACAAAAAAGGCAAUUUAAGAAAAUGUAGUGAAAAAUGUAGCUAAAGCUCUCCAUUAUAAAACCCAAAAGAUGAAGGUGCUUAUAUCUUUGUAGAUGUCAAAUGGACUAAAAAUAAAGAAAUAAUGUGAUUUUGUACAUUCCCAUGAGGUGGGCUGUACUAACAGGUAAUGUGACACAAAGGAUUGUGGGAUUUCCUAAAGCACCUUAAUUCAACGAGGGACGUUAUGAGGUCCCUUUGGUAAAAGCCAAAAUAUUUCCUGCUUCCUCUUCCUGCCUCCUUUUUACUGCCUGUACUUUUCUCCUGGCACCUAUCUGUUACUGUUAGGGUACUUCUACUUCAGCUAGAACAUCUUUACAGAUUUGAUGAUUUCAGAUGAAGGCCAAUUUCUCCAAGUCCUGCUAAUUACCUCAUUAGAUUAAGGUGUGUUUUUCUGGAGUAGAGAAAAAUCUAACAACUGUGAGACACUGGACCUCGACUUGAAGUGAAAACCACAAAUUUAUUUACGUUUUUUUAAAGUUAGGCAGCCAUAUUGGAUUGUGUUGAAUGACUUGGCUAUAUUUUGUCCUUUUCAGGACAGCACUUUCUAUAAGGUUAACUUGUAUGUAAACGUCUUCUGUAUUUACCACGGUAAUGAGAUAAAGCAAAUAAUGGUAUUAUAUGGUAGCUUAUUUCUUGCUAAAUUAAGAUUUUGGAUAAUGGCUUUUAUACAAUGUUAUUGGGAAAAUGUAUAUGAAUACUGGGACACUUUCUUUUUCUGUUCUUUUUACACUAGAUCAAUAUGAUUAAUAAUAAAUGCUUUUAAAGCCCUGUUUGAUUCAAACUGAAUAGUUAUGCAUAUUCAUUUGUGUAAAUAGGUAUGAAGUAAAAUACUUUAAAAACACAUG